AUGGUUCUCCUGUCACUUUGGUUGAUAGCAGCCGCUCUGGUAGAGGUUAGGACUUCAGCUGAUGGACAAGCUGGUAAUGAAGAAAUGGUGCAAAUAGAUCUACCAAUAAAGAGACAGAGAGAGUAUGAGCUGGUGACUCCAGUCAGCACAAAUUUUGAAGGACACUAUCUCUCCCAUAUUCUUUCUGCAAAUCACAAAAAGAGGUCAGCGAGGGACGUGUCUUCCAACUCUGAGCAAUUGUUCUUUAACAUCACAGCAUUUGGAAGAGAUUUUCAUCUGCGACUAAAGCCCAACACUCAGCUAGUAGCUCCUGGCGCUGUUGUGGAAUGGCAUGAGGCAUCUCUGGUGCCUGGGAAUAUAACCGACCGCAUUAAUGAUCAUCAACCAGGAAGUGCUUCAGAAAGAAUCUGGAAAACAGAGCCUUUGCAGACUAACUGUGCUUAUGUUGGUGACAUCAUGGACAUUCCGGGAACCUCUGUUGCCAUUAGCAACUGUGAUGGUCUGGCUGGAAUGAUAAAAGGUGAUAAUGAUGAGUAUUUCAUUGAACCCUUGGAAAGAGGUAAGCAGAUGGAGGAAGAAAAGGGAAGGAUUCAUGUUGUCUACAAGAGAUCAGCAGUAGAACGGGCUCCCAUAGAUAUGUCCCAAGACUUCCACUACAGAGAAUCGGAUCUGGAAGGCCUUGAUGAUCUAGGUACUGUUUACAGCAACAUUGACCAGCAGUUGAAUGAAGCCAUGAGGCGACGCAGACACGCGGGAGAAAACGAUUACAACAUCGAGGUGCUGCUGGGAGUGGAUGACUCUGUGGUCCGUUUCCAUGGCAAGGAGCACGUCCAAAACUACCUCCUCACCCUGAUGAACAUUGUGAAUGAAAUUUACCAUGAUGAGUCCCUGGGAGUGCAUAUAAAUGUGGUUCUGGUGCGCAUGAUAAUGCUGGGCUAUGCAAAGUCCAUCAGCCUCAUAGAAAGGGGAAACCCAUCCAGGAGCUUGGAGAACGUGUGUCGCUGGGCUUGCCAACAACAAAAAUCUGAUCCCAAUCAUUCUGAACACCAUGAUCAUGCAAUUUUCUUAACCAGGCAAGACUUCGGACCUGCUGGAAUGCAAGGAUAUGCUCCAGUCACAGGCAUGUGUCAUCCAGUGAGAAGUUGUACCCUGAAUCAUGAGGAUGGUUUUUCAUCUGCUUUUGUAGUAGCCCAUGAAACUGGCCAUGUGCUGGGAAUGGAGCAUGAUGGACAAGGCAACAGGUGCGGUGAUGAGACUGCCAUGGGAAGUGUCAUGGCUCCUUUGGUGCAAGCAGCGUUUCAUCGUUACCACUGGUCCCGCUGCAGCGGCCAAGAACUGAAAAGAUACAUUCAUUCCUAUGACUGUCUCCUUGAUGACCCUUUUGAACAUGACUGGCCCAAACUCCCAGAACUUCCUGGAAUCAAUUAUUCUAUGGAUGAGCAAUGUCGUUUUGACUUUGGUGUUGGUUAUAAAAUGUGCACUGCGUUCCGAACCUUUGACCCAUGUAAACAGCUUUGGUGUAGCCAUCCUGAUAAUCCCUACUUUUGUAAGACUAAAAAAGGACCCCCACUUGAUGGGACCGAAUGUGCUGCUGGAAAAUGGUGCUAUAAGGGUCAUUGCAUGUGGAAGAAUGCUAAUCAGCAAAAACAAGAUGGCAACUGGGGAUCAUGGACCAAAUUUGGCUCCUGUUCCCGGACCUGUGGAACUGGUGUUCGCUUUAGAACACGCCAGUGCAAUAAUCCAAUGCCCAUCAAUGGUGGUCAGGAUUGUCCUGGUGUUAAUUUUGAGUACCAGCUUUGUAAUACAGAAGAAUGCCAAAAACACUUUGAGGACUUCAGAGCCCAGCAGUGCCAGCAGCGUAACUCCCACUUUGAAUACCAGAAUACCAAACACCACUGGUUGCCAUAUGAACACCCCGACUCCAAGAAAAGAUGCCACCUCUACUGUCAAUCCAAAGAGACUGGAGAUGUUGCUUAUAUGAAACAGCUGGUGCAUGACGGAACGCGCUGCUCUUACAAAGACCCAUACAGCAUAUGUGUGCGCGGAGAGUGUGUGAAAGUGGGCUGUGAUAAAGAAAUCGGUUCUAACAAGGUUGAGGAUAAGUGUGGGGUCUGUGGAGGAGAUAAUUCCCAUUGUCGAACCGUAAAGGGGACGUUUACCAGAACACCCAGGAAGCUUGGGUACCUUAAGAUGUUUGAUAUACCCCCUGGUGCUAGACAUGUGUUAAUCCAAGAAGACGAGGCUUCUCCUCAUAUUCUUGCAAUUAAGAAUCAGGCUACAGGCCACUACAUUUUAAAUGGCAAAGGGGAGGAAGCCAAGUCGAAGACCUUCAUAGAUCUUGGCGUGGAAUGGGAUUAUAACAUUGAAGAUGACAUUGAAACUCUCCACACCGAUGGACCUUUACAUGAUCCUGUUAUUGUCUUGAUUAUACCUCAAGAGAAUGAUACGCGCUCUAGCCUGACAUAUAAGUACAUCAUCCAUGAGGACUCUGCACCUACAAUCAACAACAACAAUGUCAUCCAGGAAGAAUUAGAUACUUUUGAGUGGGCAUUGAAGAGCUGGUCUCAGUGUUCCAAACCCUGUGGUGGAGGUUUCCAGUACACUAAAUACGGAUGCCGUAGGAAAAGUGAUAAUAAAAUGGUUCAUCGUAGCUUCUGUGAGGCCAACAAAAAGCCAAAACCUAUUAGAAGAAUGUGCAAUAUUCAAGAGUGUACUCAUCCACUCUGGGCGGCAGAAGAAUGGGAGCACUGCACCAAAACCUGCGGCAGUUCCGGCUAUCAGCUCCGCGCCGUGCGCUGCCUCCAGCCGUCCCACGAUGGCACCAACCGUUCGGUGCACAGCAAGUACUGCGUGGGGGGCCGUCCAGAGAGCCGCCGGCCUUGUAACAGAGUGCCCUGCCCGGCCCAGUGGAAAACGGGGCCCUGGAACGAGUGUUCAGUAACCUGCGGCGAAGGGACAGAGGUGAGGCAGGUCCUCUGCAGGGCGGGUGACCACUGCGAUGGUGAAAAGCCUGAGUCUGUCCGAGCCUGUCAGCUGCCUCCCUGUAAUGAUGAGCCAUGCUUGGGAGAUAAAUCCAUAUUCUGUCAAAUGGAGGUGCUGGCGCGAUACUGCUCCAUACCAGGUUAUAACAAGUUAUGUUGUGAGUCAUGUAGCAAGCGCAGCAGCACCCUGCCACCACCAUACCUUCCAGAAGCUGCUGAAACUCAUGAUGAUGCUAUCUUUAACUCCAGUGACCUCCCCGAAUCUCUAAUGAUGCCUACAUCUUUGGUUCCUUACUAUUUAGAGACUCCUGCUGAGAAGAAGAAAUCUUUGAGCAGGAUCUCUUCUGUAGGAGGUCCAAAUGCACAUGCUGCUUUCAGGCCAAACAGUAAAUCCAGUGGUGCUAACCUACCCCAGAGGAGAGCUCAGCCAGCAGAAAAUAAGACUCUGAGACUGGCCUCCCUACCCACCAAGAGUGGCCACCUCAGUUCAUCUCCACAAAUGGCUGCUGCCCCCUUCCUUGCAGCCAGUGAUUCCAUAGGUGCUUCUUCUCAGGCAAGAACCUCAAAGAAAGAUGAAAAGAUUAUUGACAAGAGACGUCCGCUAAGAUCAUCCACAUUGGAAAGAUGAGAAAGUGAAGCCAAAAGGCUAGACAUCAGUGGAAAAUCUGGACAAGCUCGCUCUCCCUGUGGUGCAUACAGCUUGUUUAAAGUGGAAAUCUCCAUAAAUCAUCAACUCAUUUUAUCUGUAUGUGGAAGAACAAAAAGUGCUGGUUCACUUUCUAGUUGCUUUCAUCCUCCUUUUGUUCUGCAUUGACUCAUUUACCAGAAUUCAUUGGAAGAAAGCACCAAAGAUUAUUAACCGAAGGAAAGUAAGUUGCUAAGCGUGUUGGUCAUUUUCUAAAGCAGAAAAGGGACUGGAAUCAAUUGUGCAUAUCAGCUGAUUUUUUUGUUGUUGUUUUUAAAAAGUUACAGUAAAAAUAAAAAAGAGGUGCCAAUGGUUUACAUUUUAACAAAAGGUUUUGAAAAUGGAGCAAAGAAUUCUUAGACUUGUAUUCCUAUUUAUCUAUAUUAGAAAUAUUGUAUGAGCAAAUUUGCAGCUGUUGUGUAAAUACUGUAUAUUGCAGAAAUCAGUAUUAUUUUAAGAGAUGUGUUCUCAAAUGAUUGUUUACUAUAUUACAUUUCUGGAUAUUCUAGGUGCCUGUCAUUGAGUAUUGCCUUAUUUGACGUUCUAUGAGUUGAUUUUCAAAGCAGAAUAUUACAAAGAAGUUAGAAACACCGCUACUGACAAUACAAAGGGUUUUGUUGUGUGGUUUUGUUUGAUCAGCAAUGUGACACCUAAAUUACAGAACAAGAAAAAAAAACAGAUAAGCUGCAGAUAUAGAGAUUUCAACUUACCUACUACCUUCCAUACUUUAAAUAAAAAAGAAUAAGUUUGGUGUCUUAGUAUACUUGCAGUCACAGGGAACAGAGACCAGUAAAUGAGCCUGUGCAGGACAAAAUGGAAACCCUUUUACCAGGGCCUCAAUAGACACCAUUGAAUUGUCCUGCUUUCCUGUGUUGUUUUUAAUUGUCCCAUUGUUGACAUAUACAAACAGGUAUACUCAAUGUACUGUAAUUAUUAACAAAGGAAAAAUGUACUGAGAUCAUUUGUUUGUAUGUCAGUAGCUGAGAAAAGCAUCGUUGAACU